CCUUGUGUAUAUAAAGGCGUUAGGCGGCAAAAGAAGGACAGUCUCCUCACAGUCUCCGAAGCAACAGCACCAUUGGUGAUAGAAACGCUGAGCAGUUGGGCAUUUCUUAUUUUCGUAAAAAAUAGAAGGGGGACAAUUUUCAGAAUUAGAAACUUCAAAUAGAACAACCGAACGCAAACAUGGAAGCUCUAAAAAACAGCAAGGCAGUGGCUGGAUCGGCUGUCAAUGGAGACGACGCAGAAUGCAAAGCAAUCACUAAUGGACUGCGAACAAUAGAUGUCGACAGUCUACGGCGCUCUCCUCGGCUAAAUCGCGAAGAAAUGUUACCGGCCAUGAUGGAGUCCUAUCGUUCUUUGCUGUCCGACGUAGGAGAGGACCCGUGUCGCCAAGGGCUACUGAAAACACCAGAGAGAGCUGCUAAAGCUUUCCUCUUUUUCACAAAAGGAUACGAGCAAACGCUAGAAGAGGUCUUGAAUGAUGCCAUUUUUGACGAGAAUCAUGACGAAAUGGUCGUUGUCAAGGACAUAGAAAUGUUCUCAAUGUGCGAACAUCAUCUGGUACCCUUUAUUGGCAAAGUCUCCAUAGGUUAUUUACCAAAUGGUAAAGUUCUUGGACUUUCCAAAUUGGCCAGGAUUGUGGAGAUCUACAGCCGCCGCUUGCAAGUCCAGGAGAGGUUGACGAAACAGAUUGCCCUGGCCGUUUGCGAUGCAGUGGAACCACACGGAGUUGGCGUGGUGGUCGAAGCGACACACAUGUGCAUGGUCAUGCGAGGCGUUCAGAAGAUCAACGCAAAGACAGUCACGUCGGCCAUGUUGGGCGGUUUUCGCGAUGAUUCCAAGACACGCGAGGAGUUUCUGACCUUUGUUCGUACGCCUUGACCCCGGUUUUCUGGUAGUAGUAAUGUUUCUUCUCCAAGCCGGAAUACGACUCGAUCAACAUACUUAACGAAUGACAUCACUUAUUACUCGGUUCCUGCUGUCCUGCCUGAAGGUUGUAUAAACUAGUUUACCUAAGUUGCUGCGUUCAGGAACCAUGACCCUGCCACAAGAAUUUAUGAAUUAGUUUAUCUCGUGUCACAGUGGGGACCAUGACAUCCAUAAAAAACAAUUCCAAUAACAAAAUACUCUUUAACUAAAUAUUAUAAAGUUUGUUCUCCCCCAAGGGAUUUUAUGUAUUACUAUUAGUAGUUGUGUAGUAAGUAUUAAAAAGAAACAUUCCAUUUCAUGGUAUAAAAAUAAUACUUAACAUUUUACGAUUUUUAGUGUGCUUGUGUAUUUAUAUCAAGAGCAUUGAUUGUGUCUAUUAAAAUACAGAGCUUAACGGAAA